UUAUUAUUUUUAAGCUAUUAACGUUUAUUUUUCCCCUCUCGGCACCGUUCUCCGUUUCGGGCCACCUUCCCUGCCCGCCUCCGCCGCCGUCGCCUGUUUUCCGUUAUCGUUAGGGUUUUACCUUUCCAAGUCGAAACCCUAGGACCCUCCGGCCUUAUUCGAGCUCGAUAUCUAUCUCAAAACCCUGAGCGCCCUCCCCGUUCGCCUCGAUGGACGCCGUCGCCGGCGGGGAGGGGUCGCCUGCGGGAGCGAAUGCGGGGCUUGGAGGGAACGCGCCGCCGCCGUUUCUGAGCAAAACGUAUGACAUGGUGGACGACCCGGCGACGGACGCGAUCGUGUCGUGGGGCCCGGGGAACAACAGCUUCGUGGUUUGGAACACGCCGGAGUUCGCGCGGGACCUCCUCCCCAAGUACUUCAAGCACAACAAUUUCUCCAGCUUCGUCCGCCAACUCAACACCUAUGGUUUCAGGAAGGUCGAUCCAGAUCGUUGGGAAUUUGCAAAUGAGGGAUUUCUAAGAGGCCAAAAACAUCUGCUGAAGACCAUCAACAGGAGAAAACCAGCUCAGACGCACAGGCAAUCACAGCAGUCUCAAGCACAGGAUACUAAUGUUGCAGCAUGUGUCGAGGUGGGGAAAUUUGGGUUGGAGGAAGAAAUUGAGAGGCUGAAGAGGGACAAGAAUGUCCUCAUGCAGGAACUGGUUAGGCUGAGACAACAGCAGCAGGCCACAGAUAAUCAGUUUCAUACCUUAGGCCAGCGCCUUCAGGGAAUGGAACAGCGACAGCAGCAAAUGAUGUCAUUCUUGGCAAAAGCCAUGCAGAGCCCCGAAUUCUUGGCUCAGUUUGUGCAGCAGAAUGACAACAACCGGCGCAUAGCUGGAGUGAACAAAAAACGACGAUCUCCCGCACAAGAUAACAAGCUGGAUGGUGAGAGCACAUCAUCUGAUGGUCAAAUAAUCAAGUAUCGGCCUUUAAUGAACGAAGCAGCAAAAGCAAUGCUAAUGCAGAUUCUAAAACAUGAUGCAUCUCCCAGGCUGGAAUCUUUGGGCAACUCUGAGAAUUUUCUUGUCGAGAACCUUGCUUCAUUACUGCAAGCAUUUGAUGGCAGAACUUCUUCGAGUCGGAACUCAGGAGUCACCCUAUCUGAGGUUCCGACUAUUUCAGGGACUCCAUAUUUACCUCCGAGCUCUCGAUGUUCAGCAAUUUCCUCAUCAUCUGUGCCAUCUGAGAUCCAAUCAGCUGCCACUGUAGCUGACAUGGUUUCAACAGCUGAACUUCCCAAUAUGAGCAUUCUAUCUAGAGUUCCAGAGGCCAUAUCUCAGCAGACUGAUACAGGCAUCUCUGAAUUUUCUCAAAUGGAAGGAGUAGUUCCAAAUGACAGUGCUGUUAGUAUUUCAAGUGAGAAUUAUGUGCAGCCUCAAGCAGGGUGCAUCUAUAUGAACCCCAUUUCAGCAGUCAUGGAUGAUCCGGUUCCUAUUGAGACAGAAAAGUUUUCUUCUGAUGCAGAUAUUAAUAUCUUCACAGAUGAGGAACAGAAACUCCCCAGCAUAAAUGAUUCUUUCUGGGAACAAUUUCUAAUGACUAGCCCACUCUCAGGUGAUGCAGAAGACACUGAUUCAAGCAUACAUGAAGCCAAGGAGAUGCAGGCAGAACAGGAAAACGCGUGGGACAGUGCUGAAAAUAUGGAUCAUCUUACCGAACAGAUGGGGUUUCUUGCAUCACAAAACAAAAGAUGAUAUCAUGCCUACAUAAACUUUUGACUUGGAUGCAGUACUGAAUAGAUAAAUAUAGAUAUAUCAUCUGGUCCCUAUCUCCAUGGUGGGCUCUUGAUGAUUGUAGUUAUAGCAGUACUUGCAUAUGGAGUUGGCAACAUUUUCAGUUCUUCUUCCUGUUUCCGUUCCAAGGCAACCAAGUCAAACAUGCUCUUAGCGCUCCCAUUUUGGGUUUGUACAAAUCUCAUAGUGGUUUUGACAUUAUGCCGUAUAGGCAAAAAGCUUUUGUUCGAGAUCUUAAUGAAAAUAUAAAUUGUUGCCUCCAUCUUCCUCAA